UCUUAUUUUCCAAAAUGUCUGGCGAUAAUCGACAAAAUGUGGACUACCGCUGUAAACACUACAAGAGAAAUUGCAAAUACAUUGCACCAUGUUGUGACGAAGUGUACAUGUGCCGAGUCUGCCAUGAUGACAAGGAGGCGCAUGAACUGGACCGGAAGCAGGUGAAGGAAGUCCUGUGCCUGAAAUGUCAGAUAAGACAAAAGUUUCAACAGACAUGUGAGAACUGUGGCAUCAUGUUUGGCAAGUACUGUUGCAGUAUCUGCCAUCUUCUAGAUGAUGAGGACAAGCAACAAUUCCACUGUGACAAGUGUGGUAUUUGCAGAGUUGGUGGAGCAAAGAACUUCUUUCACUGUGAAAAAUGUGAUGUGUGUCUUGCCAACCAGCUCAAAGACAAUCACAAGUGUGUAGAGAAAGUUUCCCACGACUCCUGCCCCAUCUGCCUCGACUUCCUCCACACAUCCAGGCGAGAGCUCCACGUCCCGCCUUGUGGGCAUCUCCUUCACAGAGACUGUUUCGCAGAUCUACUCAAGACAGGAAACUAUGCCUGCCCUGUGUGCAACCACUCCAUAGUGAAGAUGGAUGAAGUGUGGGAGAACGUGGAUGAAGAGAUCGCCAACACAGAGAUGCCUGAUGAAUACAAGGACAUGGAUGUGGACAUUCUGUGUAGGGACUGUCACAAGGAUAGCAAUAUCAAGUGGCAUGUUUUGGGCCUCAAGUGCAGUCACUGCGGGUCGUACAAUACGUGUCGCAAAUAGAGGCAGUAACCACACUUGCAGAUGUCAAAGCAGAGAAUGCAUCACGGAAUACAUCUACCAAUGGCCUAGAACAAGAUCAUUUCUCGAUGAUCAGAUAGUUAUAUGAAUAUGCAUUAAGAUAUAACAAGACAGCCCAUUCCUCUAAUACUGAUAUAAUGGACACUAACCUAACAUGUAAUUUUUGUACUUCUGUCAGCGAACCUUAAGCACCUGAAGAAUGACAAUCGUACCUCACAUAACAUAUAACUUGCUUUGUUUAAAUUUAGAUUGCCCCGAUCAUAAUCCAUGUUCUGUUAGCAUGCUUCACUCUGCUCUUUCACAUGAAGCCGACACCUCACUCACAAGAAAUUCAUUAUGAAUUUGGGUGUGGUAUUUGGAAGGUGUAAUAUUUUUCUGUGUAGUCAUGUUCUGGCAGUGUAAACCUCUCAUUUGGACUGAUCUCAUUUGGACAGACAGGUUAUAAUAUGUUUAGGGCUACUAACAAUGAAUCGGGGCACUGGAAUAUUAUUGUUAAGUUUGUUUCCAGAACAUAUACCCAUCGCUUCCCAGAUACAUGAAGUCAAUAAAACACGACCUUAGAUGAUGAUGAUGAUGAUGAUGAUGAUGUAUCUUGAGUAUCAGUUGCUGUAGUCUAAGUGCAUUAAUUUCCAAUACAGGGUGACAAAUUUCUGCUGAUCUGCAGAAUUCCAGAGAGCGACGUGAGUUGUGACUGUGUGUAUCUAGAACCUGACUGAGACCUUCAGCUCUUCAGCUGAUACAUUGUUGUUGUUGCCCCUGGAUGUGUGUUUUGUCUGCAAAUAUUUCAAAUAAUCACCCGUUAAUGGUCAGUAGAUGCAUGAAGAAACAAUGAAUCACACCUUGUAUACAACUGGGGUAGUGGGGUAGCCUAGUGAUUAAAACGUUCACUCGUCAUGCCAAAGACCCGGGUUCGAUUCCCCACAUGGGUACAAUGUGUGAAGUCCAUUGAUAUUGCUGGGAUAUUGCUAUAAGCAGUGUAAAACCAAACUCACUCACUUGUUUACAAGUGUGUGAUACUUCCCCAGCAACCUGUGCAUGUAUUUUAUAGGGGCGACAAGAUGGAUCGAAUGGUUAGACUCAGUGACGUGUUCAUAGCGUGUGUUCAUACCCCGACUCUGCGGAUCGUUGCUCACAAUAUUGAUCACUGUAUUGUCUGGUCCUGACUUGACUAUUUACAGGCCGCGGUCAUAUAGCUGGAAUAUUGCUCAGUGGCGUGUCAAGCAACAAACAAAGAAAGCAAACCUAACCAUCAAACCCGAUGAAAGUCAUAAUGUGUGUUUCACCAAAGUGGUAAAUAUAAAUGACCUUUGUCAAUUUUGGGCUUUCCAGCCAGAUUAGGCAUUUACAAGGUGAUAUAAUAAAAUACGUUUCCACCAAACUCUCACACUACCAUUUAAAACCAUAUGACAGACCUUCCUAACAGAUGGCAAAGCUCUUGCUGGAGUAAUCAUGGAGCAUGGAGAAUAGGAACACAUUUUGUAACUGUUGAAUACAACACUCCAUGUAUGACUACCAAGCUUAAUACACCUGUAGGAGAUUGUUUAAUCUUCCAUGUUUAGAGUUAUAUCAUGGUUAUACCUUGAUUCUAUUCAGUAUUGAGGCGACUAAUGGGAUGGUCAGACUCGCUGAUUUGGUUGAUGCAUGUCAUCGAUCCCAAUUGCUUGGAUCGAUGCUUAUGAUAUUGAUCACUGGAUUGUCUGGUCCAGACUCGAUUAUUUACAGACCGCCGUCAUAUAGUUGAAAUAUUGCUGAGUGCUGCGUUAAACAACAAACAAACAAACCAAACAAAUGUAUCUGAUCCUACUCGUCAGUUGUAAAUGUAUAAUUAACAAUGACACAAUAGGUAAUUACUAUCCAAAACUCUAUUUUUGCGGUCAAUUAAUUUCUGAACAACAUUCCUUUGCUACAUGGUUCCUUGAAAUUGAGCAAUGUUAACAUAUAUAUUGACCAACUAGAUGUUGCUCGAAGUCAGGGUAGAAUUGUUACCUUGUUGCUGUUUCAGUUAUGUUUAUAUUGUUAUAUUGACUGUGAAUAUUCAAAAAUGAUUGUUAAUCUUUUACAUGUACUUCCAGUUCAGAAAUUAAGUUUGUUUUGUGAACAUGAUAUUAUGUUUCUUUGAACUUGUUAUCAACCUCUUUCAUAUGGACUGUCAAAUGUGUGACUGUGUCAACUUGGCAACGAGAACACUGGACAUAUGUUUAAAGGCAAGAUUGUCUGGUCCAGACUUGAUUAUUUGAAGGCUGCCGUCAUAUAGCUGGAACAUUGCUGAGUGCAGCUUAAACAACAAACCAACCAACCAUUUACCUGAUGAAUUGUAAGAGCUAGUUACAAUUCUAACGGACAGUACAAGAUAGCUCCAGUUGAUGCUAACAUAGAGAAUGUGGACAAAUACCCAUACAAAUUGUAAAUAAUCUGAAUCGUUUCAUCUUUACUGUUUGUUCAAACUAAAUCAGUUACUCUGACAACUACAGAUAUAUAGAGGAACAAUAAAAAAAUGUAAGUGAGUCUUUAUGCCAGUAAGUUGAAUUUACACUAUGGGGUUAUAGAUAGUGCCUAGUUGCCAUGGUUGCCAGUGAUGAUGUCGGAUGAAGCAGGAGCUAGUUCUGUUUUGUUAGGAUACAAGAUUUUUAUAUGUUUUUCAUAUAAUAAUGCUUCUAUGUUAUUCAGGUACUAUACAAAGCUUUGCCUUGACAACAGCUACAGUGAAGCCUCAAUCCUAUCUAUUUACAGCAAUAUUACGCCACACCCAUUAUUUAUUAGUCGGGAAGUAUGUUAAUCGCAAGUUUUUUCUCUAGAAUUAAGGAGGUUUCACAGUAUACAGAUUAUACAGCAGCAAGCUAUUUGAUUGGCUAGCCAAGCAAUUGUUUUUGCCAUGAACCGGAACACAAUUAUGCCACGCCCAAUAACAGACUACUGCUUCCUGAUUGGCUGACACUAGAAUGGAAGAGGCUUGUUUUUCAUUAUUGCACAGAACGAUGUCACUGAGGUUGUUGUCUAAAGUUGUUUGUUUGUUAAUCAUUAAAUAAGCUGCCUGUGAAAUUAAUUUUAUUGACAUGUAUAUUAAUAAGUAUUGAUUUCAGUGUUUUUUGGGCAUUUAUAGUGUUAUGAACAUAGAAACCAAUGAAGGUCUUCGUGAAUUUACACAGUAUGCACAACAUUUUUUUUACGUGUAUGCCUCCAUAAACACAAAAACAAUUUGAAGUCAAUUCUUUAUCAAACACAACUUUUCUUGUCUGCUAACUGCAAUAUUUGAUGUUUAUCAUUAGAGCUGUUAAACAUGGCACUAAUUACAAUGCCUAGACAUCGACAGCCUUGAUUAUCCUGGGUAUUAUAUCUCCAUUCUGCUACAAGUACCCUGGACCCAAUCGCCACCCUUGUUUUUCUUUGAGCCCGAUUCAAAUUACAAGUCUGUUUGUUUAACGCCGCACUCAGCAAUAUUCCAGCUAUAUGACGGUCUGUAAAUAAUUGAAUAUGGACCAGACAGUCCAGUGAUUGACAUCAUGAGCAUCGAUGUAUACAAUUGGGAUACGAUGACAUGCAUCAACCAAGUCAGUGAGCCUGACCACCCGAUCCCGUUUGUCGCCUCCUAGGACAAGCAUGGGUUGCUGAACUAUUCUUAUCCAGAAUCUUCUCAGGACCAGUGAUAAGAGUGAUGGUGGUGUCACUUCUGAAAUGAGGAUUUUGUGGCAAUUGUGUCCAGUGUAUUUAUCAUGAUUGAAUUGGGCACGGGUGGCCCAGUCGUCGAAGGUGCCGCGAUUCGCUGUGCAGAGUUGCGUCCCUUGGGCACGUCAGAAACCUAUGAUUGCGGUUAGAAUUCCCAGUUCGCCCUGAUUAUGUUUCUGGGUUUGUCAGCACCAUAACCGUGCUCAUGGGUUUCACCUAAGUUAUAAACGUCUGAGACCUGCAUCACAUCGGGCUUUCCAUUUUUCCAUUAAGCUGACACACCGCGAUAUAACUGGAAUACUGUUAAAAGCGCCGUUAAACCCAACUCACUCACUCACUCACUAUCAUGAUUGAACGGGGAAAUACCCUGGAUGAUCCAGGACAACAUGGAACAAGGUUCCUCUGUGUACCCCGACUCCCUCACUUGACGCCUUGACUAUGUAUCAAGUGAUGUGGAGAUGUAUGUUUCUAUUUUAAGUUAAUGUACAACUUUGCUGCAAACACAACAUUAACUAACAUUAUCUUUGAUCUUGUUCUUACCUGAAUUUUGAGAAUCACAUGACUAAAAUCUCUUCUCAUUUACUUUGAAGGUUUUCAGGUAUUGAUACAGUUAUGUGAUCGCGCUUUCAUUUUUUAUGAAUAAAUGUAUUAUAACUUAUAUCUAGAUUUUCACCAUGAAAGAACAUUGAAAAACAUUUUCUGUGAAAAAAACAAAUCCUUGAUGUAACAUCUUUUUAUUUGAAAUGUUUCAUUGACGUAUAUUUUUCUAUAUCUUUAAAAAAACAUCUGAUCUUGACCUGAAAUAAUACUUUCACACUCUUAAUGAUCCUGCAGGCUUACAUAUUUUGCCUGGGUUUAAGGAUACAUACUUCACAGGGACGGAUGGACCAAUUUGCUUCAUGCACAAUAAUUCACUGUGCAAAUUAAUGUCCAUUAGGCAUGUUAUCAGUGCCAACAUCCUAUGAUGGUUCGAAUCCCAGCAUCAACCAGAUUAUGAUUCAUAGUUUGUCAUUUCCGCUUUCGUGAGUUUCAACAAAUUGGUUUGCAUUUUCCUCUCACAUUGAGCAGACACAUGAUAUUAGUAAUGUAUUAUUUGGGAUAACACUUCCUUCGUAAGGUACAGAUUCUAGUACUUUUUGGGGGGGUCGAGUCCCAUCCGAGAUUCGAACCCACACUGCCAGAGUGAGGCACCUAAUCCCCAGCACAAUCUAACCCACUCAUCCACCGAAUGGAAGCCUCGGAGGCCGAGUGGAAGCCUCGGAGGCCGAGUGGGUUUGAUGGCUGACUUUGAGUGCUGGUAUGCAGGGGAUUAGGUACUAGAAUCUGUACUUUACUAAGAAAGUGUUAUCCCAAAUAUAACAUUUGAUCCAAAUGACCACUUUCUAAAUGUCAUUGUGUGUUGACAUCAUGGUAUGAUACGAUGGUACGAUAUUAAACCUAUCUAAAUCAACCACCUACUAUUGUUAAUUCAGAAUAUGUGAUUUCAGUCUACCUCCUAUGUACAAUCAUCAUUAACAUGGUCCAAUAGACAGAGUAAGGUCUCCUCAACCUUUGAGUCAUAUAUUCAUAUUUAAUGAAUAUGAGCUGUAUAUCCGUAGAAUAUGUCCAUUACUGCACCUGCUACACAAUAUUAGUUUCCAAUGCCUCUGUACACAUAUACAUGUACCUUAUAAUGAAUAAAAUUCUGUGAUUUC